UUCAAGUAAAAAUUUUCAUAUCCAUUUUCUCAAUUUUAUUCUGAAACCGCUGACGCCGCCAAACGCAACCACAUAAAUACGCCUCCAAUUUCCUCAUCGAACCAGUGACACCAAAUCCAUCGCCAUGCAAGUGUCCCGUGCCCUGCAAGUGUUAGUGUUUUUCAUCUGUGUUGCCUUUUCCCUCUCGGAAACAGACUUAUCUCCGAAAAACGGCACAGAUGUGGUCUCCAAGGAUAUAGAUCCUGCAGUAGCAGUCCAACCCGAAGACAUCAGCGACGCCACCCGCAAGAAGAAGUCAGCUACCGCGACCCUCUGCGUGGAAAUCCGUCCCAGUGGACCCUACCAGCGUCCCUUCCAAAUCUGCGAGCCAGCCGAAUCCAAAGGUUACGGUUCUGCCCCAGCGGCCGCUCCUGCCCAAGGGUACUACCCCGCUCCAACGUACGAAGAGGUCAAGCAAAGCGCCGCCGCCACUUCCAAGCCCGCCGCCGCCUACGAGGCCCCCGUCAAAACCUACUCCGCCGCCGCAAAACCCACCUCAGCCCCGGCGUACGCUUCAUCAAAGCCCUAUGCAGCCCACUCGUCCUCCUCGUACAACUCGGUCUCCUACCGUUCAGAAGAUGGACUGGAAGAAGAUGGGGAAGAACACGCAUCCGCUGAAGAAGCGGAACAUAUGAGGUCAGCAGGGGAAGAGUAUGGGUUACCGAUGACGUAUAUGCAACCAGCGAUGAAGCACAAGCCGAAAAAGGGACACAAUGGGUUGGUGAUUACGUGUCAACCGUCUUUGGCGGGGUACGCAGCCACUGUGCCCAGUCAUGGUGGUGGUGGUGGUGGUGGAUAUGGUGGAUCGUAUGGGGGUGCUUCAUAUGGCAGCUACAGGUCAUCGUAUGGAAGGUACGACAGGCCCAGUCCUUCAAGGGGUUAUGGAUAUGCACCACCUCCAGUGUAUAAGGCACCAGCUCCCGUUUACAAGGUACCAGCACCCUCUUAUUCUUACAAAGCCCCUGCGCCUUCAUACUCACCUCCAGUUUACAAACCUGCUCCCAUCUAUAAACCAGCUCCUGUUUAUAGUGCCCCAGCACCGUCUUAUGCUCCUCCUCCUGUUUAUAAACCUGCUCCUGUGUAUAGUCCUGCACCAUCUUAUGCUCCUCCCCCAGUUUAUAAACCUGCUCCUGUUUAUAGUGCCCCAGCACCAUCUUAUGCACCUCCUCCGGUUUAUAAACCUGCUCCUGUUUAUAGUCCUGCACCAUCUUAUGCCCCUCCCCCCGUUUAUAAACCUGCUCCUGUAUACAGUGCCCCUGCUCCUUCUUACAAACCUGCCCCAGUCUACAGCGCCCCAGCUCCUGCUCCUGUUUACAAACCUGCUCCAUCUUAUGCUCCACCGCCAUCUUAUGCUCCUGCUCCAUCUUACGAGGCACCCAAACCAUCCUACGCCCCCGCCCCGUCAUACUCCCCACCCAAACCAUCCUACUCUCCUCCCACGUCAUACUCCCCACCCGAACCAUCCUACGGGACUCCACCUGCUCACCCCGCUCCCUCAUACUCUCCUCCCCCAGCUUACGCUCCAGCUCCCUCGUACGCCCCAGCUCCUAAACCCCACGUAUCUUACACCCCUCCCGGCACUUAUGGACCUCCCCCAAAACCACAUAGCCCUCCUCCUAGUUACAGUCCUCCAGCUUAUCGUGCAGCCGAAGAAACGAUGCACGUGGAACCGACUACGCAUGCCGCUCUGAGUCAUGAGAGCAAAGAAACCCACACUGUGCACAAAAUGACUCAGAUUGCUGAAGCAAGAGAAGCAGAAUCCAAGAAAGAACACAUGUCAAGUGCCGGUUGGUCGAAAUUAGAAGAGGGGGAAAAUGCACACGCGAAAGUACAGAUGUCGAGUCCAAGUUGGUCCAAAGCAGAAGGGGGGGAGGAAAAAUCGGGACCAGUAGCGAUGAGAGAAUCUGAGAGGGGACACAAAGAAAACAUGGGGGAGAAUGAAGUUGAUGCCGUUUAAGAUUUAUUGUACUUAAAAAAAUGUAUUGUAAUUAUUUUAUAACUUUGUACAUGUAUUAAUUUACAUUAAUUAAACAACUAUUUAUUAUAAAUA